AAGAAGAAGAAGAUGCACACCCACACACACACUAGCCGGUUGAACAGCUGUUUCUUGAUGUUUACCAACACUGUUUGUCAACCUGUUAUCGAAGUUAUCGCUACCUGCCCAGCCAUUUGGAAAUUCAUUAAGGGAAGUGCCAAGACCUUGUUUGUACUGGAGGCAGUUUGUUUUGCGGCCAGCUACGGUGUCUAUUAUCGCAUGAACACAAAUCGAGAGUUCCGUCAGCAUAUUCACGAAAACUAUCCCUUUGUAUUGGAUUACUACUACAAAAUUGGUGAAAUCGUGGGAGAUAGUACAGUGCGACAGGCGGACGCGAGUUAUUGGAGCGCCCUGAAGAAGAGCGAUUAGGAGAGGAACCAUUCAAAAUGCUUAGUAAUCCC